AUGGCCGAGCGGGGCGCGGACGUGAUCGAGGUGUACGCGGCGCAGUGCCUGGCGAAGUGCGCGCAGAUCAUCCUGGGCUCGCGGAUUUUUAACGCGCCGAGGAGCCGGCCCGAUGAGAAGACGAAGCGAUGGUUCAGCCUGGCGGUGGACGAAAUUGAGCCGGCGGUGGGGGAGCUGGCCGCCUGGAAGGCCGACAUAUCGAUGCCGCUGGUGGUGGAGAUUUACUUGAAGACAUACCGUGCACCUGAUGGAGAUGACCCUGAUGCGCCUCCCACACCAGUGAAGACACUUCUGGAGCGCUGGGUGCUGCAGUGUGAAAGGUCAAGGUCCCCUGUUGGGCCCGCACCAUCUAGCGGAGUGCCAUCAGUGUCGCGGAUGGACAAGCACACUGUUUACAAGCGAAUGGCAAUCCUCACACGGUCAUUGUUCAGCUACUUGCGUGUGCUGCCAGCGUUCCGGCUGUACAGAACUGGCAAGCGUGCUGGUGGACGGACAUUUGACCUGGAGUACUCUCUGUUGAAGUCCUUGUCUAGCGAUGGGGAGGCUUCCAGUUCAGACUUCAGCCACUUCAGUUUCGCUCCUUUAGAGACUCCGAUUGGAGUUCUGAAUGUAUCUGUUGCCUAUUGCCCAUCCACUCGUUUGAGUAUAUUCGAGCAAACUGACCAACCACACGCCCUACCGCGCAUCAUAUCAGACUACAUUGAUAGUCCGAGGCGCCGCCAGGCGACCUCCGUCUCUGCUCGUCUGUCCACCAAUGCUCCCGUGGUGUCAGAAGGAGGUCCCACUGUGUCAGGGAGUGGCGCCAGUCCAGUUUCAGCACCUUUCGUGCAGCGCCACAGCUGGAGCAGCAAGGACUUGAGCCAGCCCGGGGUCUCUGAGCCACCACCGCAGGCAGCCCACCCCAACCCCAUGCCGUCCCCACGUCCAUCAACGUCUUCCGGUGCAAGGCUGCCAAGCAGUCGCAGGACUCCCCGCACCCCUCGAUCGGCAAACCCAGCUGGGCCAUCCACUACCCAGGGGCCCCAGGGGUCCGGGCCACAGAGGCAGGUUGUGCCACAGCAGAAAGCAUUCAAGCCGAAGCCCCGGGGGCUGAGCCCAAGGGAGGUUAAGGUGGCAGAGGAGGGGGGAGGCAGGCGGACAAGCAGACCGGUGGUGCAGGGUGGGUUGUCUGCAGCAGCUGCAGCAGGAGAGAUAAAGGCGCAUGAGCCACAGGUGCCUGGCCCGGUGCUCCAGCCUAAGGGGGUGACCAUCAAAGCACCCCCUGUUGAGGAAGAUGGUGGUGGGUCUCCGGAGUCGCCAGGCCACUUCCUGACGGGGAGCCGCAGCUCACCAGUUUGCAUCCCUGGCCGUCAGGACGAGCGCCCGCAGCUGCAGGCCCCACCUCCUGCUCGCCCAAUGGCUGUGGACAUCUCCCACACCUCCUCCUCCAAGCAUGCCUUCUCUGCCUCCUCCGCACCUGCUGCCUCCCAGGGCCUUACACCCAUGUCCAUGGACCCACCCACCCCUCGAGAGGACAAACGCCACAGGCAAAAGGGGUCUGGCGUCCGGUCCACCUCCCAAGCAGGGGGUCACGAGGGGGUGUCAGGCAGUGACAGCGACAUUUCCAGUGUGUGUCCCAUGUCCUGCAGCCCGCAGCUCCCGUUUGCCUUCACGCCCUCUGGCCAGUCCAGCGUGGGGGAGCACCACGGCUUCGGUGCAGUGGGGGCAUCGGGCCCGUCGCCGCCCAUAUCAGGCCGGGACAUCUCUGCUCUGGCCAUCAUACGCCGCCCCUCUUGGACCUCAAGGUCGUUUGACAUCAGCAACACCAAAUUCUCCGACCCACUGGAGGCGUGUUGGCUGUCCUCUGGGCCCCCGACCCUACCCCCCCUGUCCUUCACAUCGUCCAUGGCGGAUGCUUCCUCAGUGGCUUCCCAACCCACUUUCUACGGACCACCCAGGCUGACGGGGCCCCCGCCGCCCGAAGAAGUCGCCGAAUCUGUGGCUGAGUCCGAUGCGGACAUGCUGCCCUUCGCUCUGGAGAGCCCCCCAAGCUUCGGGGACAUCAUGCAGGGUCGCAGCAGCGCCGGGGGCUCAUCCAGCGCUCCAGGAUCUAGCUCGCAACAGUCCGACGCUGCUGUCGUGAACUUCCUACGGCUGAUGCAGGAGGCGCCUCCGCUCGUUGGCGCGAGCGCCGAUGCUCCCACGAUGUCUGUAGAGCAGGCAAUGGAGCAGCUGCAAGCGCUGAAGCUGAAGGUCGGGGGUCUAAAGUCCUCGACCGGCACCUAA